AUGUCACACGUAGUAGGAACUAUUAGAUGCGUGGGAAGCUCGUCAAAUUCCUUAAGCUCGCGUUUAAAUCAUACUUCAUUUGGUAAAUUUAUAACACUAGAAAAAUAUUUAAUUGAGCUUCUGAAAAUAGUUCUAACAAAUGUUUUAGAGCCGAAAUAUUUGGACGGCGUCACCAAAUUAACUUACGUGGAAGGUUUCGAUGGUGAUUAUGUUAAACUUGAAGAUUUGCUUCAAAAGGACCACCUCAAAAAUGCGUUCUUAUGUGCGUUGACUGUUGAUUUGGAGUGGCUAUUAAAGAAAUUACCUCAAAAUAUUCUUAUUGUAAUUGCAAAACAUUGGAACUCUGCACAGGAAGCUGGAUGUGGGAAUUUUGCGAUUUACGGUGUUUCUAAAGAAUGUAAAUUUGAGGGUGUAUACAUUUUACCGGAUACAAAUAUAUUACUUGUGCAUCCACCGCUUCCGAACGCAACAUUCGGAUGUUUUCAUGCAAAAUUAAUGCUGCUAUUUUUCGAUGGAUGGCUGAGAGUAGUUGUCGCUUCAGGAAAUUUAAUAUCUUAUGAUUGGGAGGUUAAUGAAAAUGUUGUAUUCGUUCAAGAUUUUCCUAGUCGCCAGGCUACAGACUCAAAUGAUGAUAAUCUUCAUCCAUUUGCUCAAGAUAUCAAAGAUUUUGUCUUAGCAAUGGGCCUUAAAAAUCAUAUUGUUAAUAAACUUUCUCAAUAUGAUUUCUCAAGAGCCAAGGCGAAACUUGUUGCCUCCAUACCAGGUGUAUAUAAAGGAACUGAAGACAUCAGAAGAUACGGUCACAGGCGUUUGUGCAAAGUUAUUAAGGAUGUCUGCGGCCCAAAUGAAAAUAUUAUAUUAGAAUGUCAGACUUCGACUCUUGGCGGCCUUACCGCUGAUUUUCUACAUGAAUUUUAUCGUUCUGCAAGCGGAAUUGAUACUAUAGAAAUUUCAAAGUCGCGUACUAAAAAGAAUCAGGAAGUUGAAAGACCAUUACCUCCAAUUACAAUGGUCUAUCCAUCUAAUCGUACUGUCUUAUCUUCUAAAGAUCCGAAAGCGGCCGGUGCUGCACUCUUUUUUGGAAAGAGAAAUUACGACAAGGAUACUUUUCCUAGAGAAGUUAUUCGAAAUUGCGUGUCUAAACGAGAUGGAAUUUUGAUACACUCGAAGUUUGUUUUGGCACGUUAUACUCAACAGGAACAUCCAAAAAAUCCACAAAAACGGCAAAAGACAAAUAAACUUAUCAGCGAUGUGAUUCGUGAUUCAAGUGAUGACAAAGUCGAAUUUACUUUAAAAUCUGAUAUAUCGAAGGAAACAAGUAUCAAAUCAUCAACUACUAUCAAUGAUCGAGAUAUAGAUCUUAUCAGGGGAUGGUAUUAUUGCGGAAGCCAUAAUUUCACCAGCUCAGCUUGGGGCAAAAUUUCCGCUUCUCGUGAUACAAAAGAACCUCAGUUGAGAAUUAAUAAUUGGGAAUUAGGUGUCUUCUUUCCAAUUAGAGGAAGUGAGAAUGAUCAGGGAGAUUGGUUUACCGAAAAUGGUGUCCCAGUGCCAUAUCAGAGGCCACCAAGAUGUUAUGACCUAAAUGAUGUUCCUUGGUGGUUUGGGUGA